GCUGUGGGUUGCCGUGGAGAUGGAGGAGCGCUACUAGAACGCACGCGCCAGUUUGAGGCCCUGGUCCCGUGGACGAGUUGAAAAUGGCGGCAGUUCAGGCUGUGGAGGAGAUGCGGAACCGCGUGGUUCUAGGGGAGUUCGGAGUUCGCAAUGUUCAUACCACAGACUUUCCUGGAAACUAUUCCGGUUAUGAUGAUGCCUGGGACCAGGACCGCUUCGAGAAGAAUUUUCGUGUGGAUGUGGUACACAUGGAUGAAAACACAUUGGAGUUUGACAUGGUGGGAAUUGAUGCAGCCAUUGCCAAUGCUUUCCGACGGAUCCUAUUAGCUGAGGUACCAACUAUGGCUGUGGAAAAGGUCCUGGUAUACAACAACACAUCCAUUGUCCAGGAUGAAAUCCUGGCUCAUCGCUUGGGACUUAUUCCCAUUCAUGCUGAUCCCCGUCUGUUUGAGUAUCGGAACCAAGGAGAUGAAGAAGGCACAGAAAUAGAUACUCUGCAGUUUCGUUUGCAAGUCAGGUGUACUAGGAACCCCCAUGCUGCUAAAGACUCCUCAGAUCCCAAUGAACUCUAUGUGAACCACAAAGUGUAUACCAGACACAUGAUGUGGGUCCCUCUGGGGAACCAGGCUGACCUUUUCCCAGAGGGCACUAUCCGACCAGUGCAUGAUGAUAUCCUCAUUGCUCAGCUGCGGCCUGGCCAGGAGAUUGACCUGCUUAUGCACUGUGUCAAGGGGAUUGGCAAAGAUCAUGCCAAAUUUUCACCAGUGGCAACAGCCAGUUACAGGCUCCUGCCAGACAUCACCCUGCUUAAGCCUGUGGAAGGGGAAGCAGCUGAGGAGUUAAGCCAGUGCUUCUCACCUGGUGUUAUUGAGGUGCAGGAAAUCCAAGGCAAAAAGGUGGCUAGAGUUGUCAAUCCCCGGCUAGACACCUUCAGCAGGGAAAUUUUCCGGCACGAGAAGCUAAAAAAGAUUGUACAGCUUGCCCGGGUUCGGGACCAUUAUAUCUUCUCUGUUGAGUCAACGGGUGUGUUGCCACCGGAUGUGCUGGUAAGCGAAGCCAUCAAAAUACUCAUGGGGAAGUGCCAACGAUUCUUGGAUGAACUUGAAGCAGUUCAGAUGGACUGAAGUUUCCAUUGGAAUCAAUGUGGAUGGCUGGGCUUGGAUGCUCCUGAGGCAUGCUGAAGCUUUGUGUUCUGAUCUGCCCUAUAGGACUGCUAUAGAAAGCCCAGUAUGACUAGAGAUCCCUAGUUUCCUGGGACAGUUCCAAGUUUAUUUUUAAUCAGUACAUUUUGUUAAAUGUGCCCCAGAAUGACACUUACGCCUUUGUAAGGCCUUUGAUGUAAAUAAAUUUAUGUCAAACACAUUUUUUUCAGAGGCUACUUGGGCUUCAUCUCAGAAUGGGUUUGGCAUUUGGCAGUUAAGAACACUGGGCCCAGGCCAGGCAAUCCUACCACUUUGGGAGGAUCGCUUGAGACC